AUGGACACCAACAACCAGUACCGCUACUCGCCCCUGUCCGGCCCCCGCAUGACCCGCCUCAUCAGGCUUCACCAUAGCGAGACCAAGGACGCACCGCUCACCUGCGAGAUGGCGGAGAUCAACGUCGAUGAUCAUCCCGAAUACCACGCUCUAUCAUACACAUGGAACGAUGAGACGCCAAGCGUCCCAAUGACGGUCUCUGCGUCUAACGACGCGGGAUCCGGUUCCCAGACGCUGCUGCUGACCCCAAACUGCGCCGCCGCCCUGAGAGUCCUACGGAAGCGAGUCAAACGUGAUCACCGCGUCGCUCGGACAGGGCUCUGGGUUGACGCCGUCUGCAUUGACCAGUCAUCUCGCGACGAGAAGAGCAUCCAAGUCGCCAUGAUGGCCGAUGUCUACAGAAACGCCAAAGUCGUGGUGGUUUGGCUUGGGGAGGGACGGGCCCCCCCGAACCGGAGGAGCCUCCUCCCUCUCAAGCUGGCCGGGCCGUUACUUUCCCCUCCGGUCUAUUACCUUAGCUUGGUAUUGGUGGCAACCCUUGGCUUCGAUGUUAGUAACAAGCUGGGUCACAAAGGUGAGUUUCAUAUCUCGGCCACGGUGAUCGGCCUUUUCCACUUUCGCACGCCCUUUUUACCCCUUCCUAUUUGGCCCCCGUCCAUGUACAUUACCAGAAACAAACUUCUGAUCAAUAUCCACACCGCGCCUUACUGGCUUCGGGUAUGGACGCUGCAGGAGUUUGCCAAUCCUUCUUCCUCGAUACUAUGCCUCAACUCUGCGUUAUACCCAUUCAGCAACCUGGUGGCGAUUUUCGGGGGUAGCUCCGGCCAAAAUAUGCACUCGCCGACCCUGACCCUUCAUUACAGGUGUUUUAAGCCUAGUCGUUCUCCCCACGCGAUGUCUCUGCCCUGGAACGACAUCCUCCAAAAGAAGGCCACGGACCCAAGAGACAAGGUCUUUGCACUGAAAGAGCUCUAUCCCCAUAUCUUGAGAGGCCUGACUGUGGAUUACAACCGCACAGCUCAGGAUAUCUUCACGACCGCUACCAGACUGGCGACGCAAAACACUUCAAGCCUAGGGCCGUUGUAUUAUUCUGACUAUCUGGAUGGAGAGUGGAAAUACUUCUACACUUAUGGGCGCGCCAGCCGCGAGGCUGUCUGGGCUCCGUCGUUCUCCGAGGAUGGUUUGAGGAUGCGCCUCGUCGGAAGACAGAUCGGGAUCGUGGGCAGCCGCUUGAGCCAGCGAAUCGGCCGAUCCGUGCGCUCCGACGAAUUGGACGCCCGUUUCUGUUCCCUUCCCGACGUAAUCGACCAGAUUGCCGCCGUAACAGAUGCCGAGCCUGACCUCGCUGCUUCGCAGGCACGGCUUGUCAGUUUCGGGAGGCUGGUGAGCUGUACCUGGGACACGGAGAAGGAGGAAUUAGCCGGGUAUCUGAGGCAAAUGGGAGACGAGCACGACACGGCGACUUUGUUGGGCGACAUCCGCAAGAGGAUGUGGCGUCUUGCUUCCCGCCCGAACCACGGGCGGCUCUUUUUCACGACUGAUGGACGGGCCGGGCUCGGUUUCCACACGCUUCUUCCGGGGGACCUGGUGUGCGUCUUUGGCGGGCUCGAAUCGCCAUUCAUUGUUCGAGAAAAGGGGACAGGCCACGUCCUGGUCAGUCCGGCCAUGGUCGAGGGUGCCAUGAGCGGCGAGAUGUGGCCCGAGAACGACGACGAGCUCCGGACGUGGGAGAUUGUGUGA